UAAAAAGGUAAAGUACGAAACAAAACGUUAUCAAUCCAAAAUAUCCAUCCACUUCCUCUCUCAAUUCCACUGCGGCGUUGAACUACAAACAUGGAAAAAGGAAAGAAUCAAAAAAUGAUGGCGCUGUCGUUGAAAGGUUUACCACAACAAAUUCAAAACCCUAUCGACCAAAUUCAAACGCGCUACAAACACUUGGAAAAUGGUUUCAAGCUUUGGCUCUCCAAGCAGUCCAUCGCCGUUGAAGCCGCUGUUGUUACAACCACCAGCGCCGCUCAAGGCGCUGCUAUUGGUGCUUUUAUGGGUACUCUUACUGGUGACACUCCUGCUGCUUUUGCGCCGCCUCCUAAUGCGGCUCUUAACCCUCAAGCCAUGGCUUCUCUUAAACAAGCACAGGCUCUUGCUGGAGGUCCUUUGAUUCAGGCUCGGAACUUUGCUGUUAUGACUGGAGUGAAUGCUGGUAUUACAUGUGUUUUGAAAAGGUUGAGAGGAAAGGAAGAUGUUCAAUCCAGCAUGGCGGCAGCUUUUGGUUCCGGGGCCUUGUUUUCAUUGGUAAGUGGUGUGGGUGGGCCAAAUCAAGCAACAAAUGCACUGACAUCUGGACUAUUCUUUGCACUUGUUCAAGGUGGUCUUUUCCAGAUAGGACAAAAGUUUUCUCAACCACCUGCUGAAGAUACUCACUACGCCAAAACAAGAAACAUGUUGAACAACCUUGGUCUUCAGAAUUACGAAAAGAAUUUUAAGAAAGGCUUAUUAUCAGACAACACUUUGCCUUUACUCAAUGACAGCGCUCUCAGAGAUGUGAAAAUUCCUCCAGGACCCAGGCUUUUGAUUCUUGACCACAUCCAGAGGGAACAUGAUUUGAGAGAGAAGCAUGGAAGCCGCCGUUAACUGACAUCGUUAUCUGUCACCUCCGAACUAUAAGUGGUGAAAUGCAUUAGUAUAGGGAGUUUGUAUUGCAAACGGAUUGUCAUUUUUGUUUAUCAUGCUUUAUGUUUCAUUGUUGUUGCUGAAUACUUGAGAAAAUUUGGUUAACUAGUCGUAUAUUUUGGUUGCCCUGAAACGCAAAUUGGGUAAUAGUAAA